GACAUGUAUUAAAAGAACAAGUAGCAAAAUCAUUAUUUCAUAGAUGCAUAUCACAAGGGGUGCUCUUUUUGUCAUUAACUAAAGUUUGGAGGUGUUUUUGUGCCAUUACAUUUCUAAUUGAUUUUCUUAUGACAAUUCAACCCAAUUUUAACCCAAAUUAGUGGGUAUUCGACCUAAUUCGAUCCGGUUAAACGAGUUGAAGCCGGUGCGGAAGAAUUUUGGGUCGACACCUAGUUUUACUCAAAUAAAUAAAUGAUAAAUGGAACUCAUACCGCCAACCAAUUGGAUAGAAAAAGAACUGCAGCCAAUAGUCCACUCAUGUGAGUUGUGAAAUAGAAAGGUAAUACUUAAUAGUCUGGACCUGCGGGUACACAGUACACUCCUGCCACCAUCCCACUUCACUUCCUGUCCUCCAUUCCCAUUUCCAAGCAAUGCUAAUUCCUUAACCCACCAAAAAAAGAACAAAGCCUCGCGAUCAUAAGGGAGUUUGACCGAUAAAAAUUCAGUCUCUCGCUCUAUCAGUUAAAUUCAUCAUCCCUCUGCUUCUGGCUCGCCCUGCUGUCGAAAGCAUUUCAAAACAGAACCAAAAAGAAGAACAUAGCUGCUGUUCUUGAUGGGGAAGAAGGGAGGCACCACCACUUCCUCCUGGUUGACUGCGGUGAAAAGGGCUUUCAGAUCUCCCACUAAGGAAUCUAACGAUAAGCUAACCAGCCGGAGAAGAGGCGAACACCGUGACCAAGACGUCUAUGAUGAAGAAAAGAAACGAGAGAAGCGGAGAUGGAUAUUCAGGAAGCCCACGAGCCAAGAAACUGCACCAUCAAUCCAACAGAAGCCCACACCUCCAUCCGCCGACCACUCCUCUGCCUCAGCAGCUGAGCAGAGGCAUGCUGUUGCCCGUCUUGCUAGGCCUAAUUACCACGCCAGAGAGCAUUAUGCUGCCAUUGUCAUUCAAACCUGUUUUAGAGGAUAUCUGGCGAGGAGGGCAUUGAGAGCGCUGAAGGGGCUGGUGAAGUUGCAAGCACUCGUUAGGGGACACAAUGUGCGGAAGCAAGCAAAGAUGACACUGCGAUGCAUGCAAGCUCUGGUUCGAGCCCAAGCUCGAAUCCUCGAUCAACGGAAGAUGCAACAGCAGCGGCUUUCCCACAGCCGAAAAUCCACUUUCAGAGACGCCACUAGCCUUAUCGAAUUGCGAUACUUGCAAGACCUCUCUGACCGGAAAUCCCUGCAGUCGAGAGAAAGAAGAAGCAGCAGCAUUGCCGGUGAUUGGGAUGAGCGGCUGCACACGAUUGAGGAAGUGAAUGCAAUGCUUCAGCAGAGGAAAGAUGCUGCUUUGAAUCCCCAGAGGAACUUGUCUCACCAGGCGAAGACAUGGAGGAAUGUUAGGAGUUCAUCAGUAGGAAGUGAAGCAGAGCUCGUGGCAACUAAACCAUGGAAUAGCAGCAGAAGCAGUAGAGGAGCCAGAGCAUCAACUGACCAUAGAGAACCAAUCAAGACCGUAGAAAUGGACAUGUCAUCGCUUACCAGGAGACCGUCGAACCAAACCCACCAAAGAUCCAACUCGCCGAUCCACCGAUCCCACCAAACGCAGCCGUUUCACCAUCGAACUCCCGCCGCGAACACGCCAUCUCCGUCGCGAACCAGGCCGGUCCAAGUCCGGUCGGCGAGCCCCAGAUCGUCGUGCUUGAGAGGAGAAGAAGAUUACAGAUCAAGCUGCGAUUCCUCCCGGACUCCCAGCCUGAGAUCCAAUUACCGCUACACCGGCGGCAAUUUGUUGAACAUUCAACGCGGAUUGAUAAGGAGUUCGAAUUCCUCCGCCGUUGUUGGGCCGCUCCCGAAUUACAUGGCGGCAACGGAAUCAGCGAGGGCAAAGAGCGCGCCAAGGCAGAGACCUUCGACGCCGGAGCGGGACGGCGGGUGUGCGAAGAAACGGCUGUCGUUCCCGGUCCCGGAUCCUUACGUGACUUCCGGCGGGUUGGGGCAGUGUCCAUUGAGAAGCCCGAGCUUUAAGAGCGUGAGUAGCAGCGCGUAUCUCGGCGGAUCGGAGCAGCAAUCGAACUACUCGUCUUGCUAUUCGCAGAGUGUGAUUGGGUGCGGCGGCGGCGGCGGCGAGGUUUCCCCUUGGUCCGCAGGCAAUUUCAGGCGGUGGUUAGGGUGACGUAGUGGAUUGACCUGGGUCGGUUCACGGAAUGCCCGUUGGAGAAUUAACACGUUUACUUUCAUUUCUGUUUUGUUUCCUAGAUGUUGAAAACAAGCGAAAACAACAUUUUUUCGUUUCCGAAAAUAGUAGGAAGUUGCCAAUUUCUAUUUUCAUAGUUGGAAAUGAAUAGAAAACAGAAUGAAAAGUAAACAAGUUUUUUUGUUUCGGUUGCCAAUUUAUGACAUGAAAACAAUAAACAGGAAACGAAAAUGGAAGUGAACAGGGUUAUUUUCGAUUUUUGUUUGGGAAUAUUUGUUUGCAAUUAGCAUGUAACCUGAACGUUGUGGAUUGGGCAUAAAUUUUAAAUACAUUAUACAUGUCAAUAGCAUAUAUCCAAAAUUUAUUUGUGAUUUCCUUGACUAUUAGGCUUCCAACUUUUUUGGGUUAUAGUCUAUUUUUUAUACAAAUCUUUUUUGAAUUAUUUUUUAUUAGCCAAACUUAUCGAAAUACGAAGAAUUAGCCAAAUGUUAAUUUUUAGUUAGCAAUUUCGUUAGUAAUAUUAACUUAGAAUAUGAUACUGACUUGGAAGAGACAUAUGAAGGUCAUCAUUCCAAAAUUUUAGUAUUUUAACUAAGAAAAGAGUUACAAAAUUAUUAAUGAUAACGUAAAAAUGACUAAUAUUUUGAUGCAUUGUGAAAGGUUUGGUUAAUUAAUAGCAUUUUAAUAGGUUUGGAUUAUAUAAAAGAAUCUGAAAAAGGUUUGGAUAAAAAAUAGACAUUACCCAACUUUUUUUAAAGGGUGACAAAAUGUGAUAUAUAGAAUUACAAAAAAGUUUUAUAUUUGAUCACUAAAAGUAUUUUAUUUUAUUUGUGAUCACUAGAAUUAGUUAAAUAUUUUAAAUUGUGGCGAAUCUAAUAUGAAAAAGGGGGAAACCUUGCCGCUCUAGUGAUAACACAGAUAUAGGCAUCAAAACAUAAAGCAAUAAUGUAUACACAGCGCAUAAGAACCACAAGCAUCAACACAAGCAUAAUAUGAAAUUGUAGCAUCAAUAUAAGAUAAACGAGUUCACAUUCUCACUCUUACAAUAUAUUUCAAACUAGCUAAACAUAUAAGAGAAUGAGGGUACCACCAUUGAUGAUGAAGGCAUCUCCUAAGUUGCACAUUCUCUUACAAAUGCUAAGCUCUCACUCUAGCAGGGGGUUUACAGGCGUUUUGAGUGAAUUUGUGCAGGCUACUAAACUAAUGAGUCUAGUCCUCUAUUUAUAGUGGUGGAACUCAUCCAAGACCCUCUUAAACCUACAAGGACAAGGUUUCUUUAACUUGGGACCGAAGCAAGGCUUAAAUAUCUUCCAUUUUGGGCUUGAGCCUAUGAGCGGCGGUUGGCACCGAUGCCACUUUUCUUCUUGGGCUGGACUUAUUUUCCCACAAGAAACCUCUCAUGAAGAUUCUUCGCGUUUUGUCUAGGUUUGAUUGAGCGGCGGUUGGACCCGUUGCUGGGCCAUCGUUGGUUCUUGCUUCCGCUUGGGCCGAUUCUUCAUCCAUUGGGCUUCUCUUGGUAUCUACUUGUGGUUACUAGUAGUCUUCUCCGUCAAUGAUCUCGUCUUUAUAAUGAAAGCUCCAUAUUCUUAUCUUCAUAACCUUUUUGGUCCUACAGAGUUAUAUAAUGCUUGAUCCAAAUCCUCCUAAGUUGUCUUGUACCUUGAAAACCAUCUAAAACAUAUCAAGAAGGCAUCAAAGAGUACAAAACACAUCCUAGGUCAAUUAAUUGUUCAUUGAUCAAAUAGUUAUGAUUUGGAUAUGAACUAUAAGAUAAAGUACUAAAUAUGCAUUGAUAGAAGGGGAAAAAGUAUGAGAUAUGUGAGUGAUAAACAUUAUAAAUAGAGUGUCAUCAACGACAGUUGCAGCAAUAGCAUUUGCAUCGAUGGUGGCGGAGGAAGGAGGAAACCACUAGUGGCGGUCCAUGACAGAGACAUAUAGAUCGAAAAUGGGGAUGAAGCGAAGCUGGGUGAUUGAAAACUGUAAAAGGGUUAGCAGGUGAUAGAUGUUGGAAUGUUGAUCGCUACGUGUCCUCCAACUCAACAUAGUGAUUCCUAAUCAGCAUUACUAAGAGAGUUGUUAACGUUCAUAGAUUUAACUAAUAUUUUAGAAUAAAAGAAAAGUUAGGCAAAUAAAUAGUACUGUAUCCACAGAAUUGCUAAUCCAUUACAGGAGUAAAUUGAUCUUAUUAGCUGCACUCAUACGCUAGCAGAGGUCUGUUGAUUUGAGAAAGAAAAAGCAGCGGCACUGCAGCUUUCCUUGGCCUUUAUAAACGCUGCUUUAUCCCCAUUCCCAUGUGAGUGCGUGAGCUUGAGAGAGACAUGAAAAAGAGGGUUUGCAGCUUUGCAUCAAUUAUGAGUCUGCAGCACAUGUGAUGAUCUCUCUCCCCCUACGUCUUAUCAUCCUUCCCUGAAAUCAAUAAUUUCGAUCAUUGAGAAUGGCAAGUGUUUAUCCAUCUUCUUGUCAUCUACAGUAUACUUCUCUCAGCUUUAACAAAUGAUCUUGUCAUCUACAGUGUUCUUCUCUCAGCUUUCACUUUCACUACUUAAAAUGAUGAAAUGUUUGGAAUCGUAAUCAAAAUGGCUCUUGAUC